AUGGCAUACCCCGACCCCUAUCGACGGGCCUCAUCCUCUCACCACCCUUCAUACAACGGCUAUGCGACCACAAUCCCCAUCAGACCCGCCCCAACACCAGGCUACCCCUACAACGCCGCCUACCCCUAUCAACAAUACCCACCCUCUCCAACCUCAACCUCCUCCCCAACAUCAACCUACUCAACCUCGCCCACAACCCCCAACAACCCACCAACAUACUUCUGCCUCUGGCCCAACUGCACUUACUCCUGCAGCCGCAACGCGGACCUGCAACGCCACUACCAGAACGUGCACAAUCGCGAGAGCGCGCCGCUGGUCGAUUGUUGGGUGCAGGGGUGUCAUCGACGGGGCGCGUAUGGGUUUACGCGGAAGGAUAAGAUGGUCGAGCAUGUGAGGGAGGUGCAUAAGGUUGAUGUGCCGAAGAGAGGGAGUUCGGGGGGUGGGAGGUGA